UUUGCUUCAAAGUUCAAGCAGCAAAUCUUGAUAUUUCUCUCUUCAUCCCUAGAGAAAGAGAGAGAGAGAGAGAGAGAGAGAGAGAGAGAGAGAGAGAGAUGGCUUUGAGAUGGCUUCUUCACUCGGCAUGUCAAGUUUUAGGGUACCCUCUCAAGGACAGUACUGACAUGCAAGGGAGUCAUGGUGUUGUAGGGUACCCAUGUGAAAAAGAUGUCUAUGGAGUCAUUAAGAUGGAAACAUACCCUUCUGGAGGGUUCCAAAUGCCUCUUCAUUACCCUAAAUACACAAAGUCAGACUACGAGAAGAUGGAAGAGUGGAGGGUAGACUUGCUUCUUAGGGAAUAUGGCCUAAAUUUUAAGGGUACACUUGAAGAGAAGAGGGAAUUUGCAACGGGGGCAUUCUUGUGGCCAGGUCAAUAUUGAUCUAUCUGUCUAUAUAUCUAUAUAUAUAGAGAGAGAGAGGGAGAGAGAGAGAGAGACCGACCUAAAUUUGCUACUGAUUAGCAUAUUAAUUAUGUAUAAUAAUAAUGAAAAUACAGAGUGUUGAUGGAGGAGAAGUAAUGUUCCCUGAAGAUCUCUCUAUCUAAUUAAGAAAUUAAAGUACUGUUUUAUGUUA